GCGGAAUACACAUCACGACCAAGUGCCCGUCAUCCAUGUUUGUUUCAUCGGAAGAAAAUGGAGGAGCAAAAGAUUAUUUACAUGAAGACUAAAGCAUGAUUCUUCUCCCUUACAGUUUAUUGCAUGAAUGGCCCUCUUGGUUAUCUGCGAGGGAAUGACAGUAUCAUGUGAAAUAACAUUUAUUUUGUAAUGGGAUGUCCAAAUAGUAAAUUGGUACCGGAGGGUCCAACUGACCAAAAUGUUGUCGAAGUUUUUGGCAGUAGAACUCAAACACAAACACGAUCUGAUAGGCCCAGGGAAAGAGACCCUCGAGGCACAGGCCCACCACCGGAGGGUGAGCGGCAACAUCGAAAAGUGAAAAGAUAUCGUGACAAAUUUGAUCCAAGAGUGACGGCAAAAUAUGAUAUUAAGGCUUUAAUAGGGAGAGGAAAUUUCAGCAAAGUUGUGAGAGUUGAACAUAAAAACACAAAACAACCGUAUGCUAUCAAAAUGAUAGAUCGGUUAGAGGGUAAAGAAGUAUUUGAAUCAGAAGUUGCUGUCUUGCGACGAGUAAAGCAUACAUAUAUAAUUCAAUUAAUUGAAGUGUUUGAAUCAAAAGAUAAAGUGUACAUGGUUAUGGAACUUGCCACAGGCGGGGAACUUUUUGACCGCAUUAUAGCCAAAGGAUCUUUUUCAGAAAGAGAUGCAACUAGGGUAUUAAAAAUGGUUUUGGAAGGUGUUCAUUAUUUACAUGGACUGGGAAUAACCCAUCGGGAUUUAAAACCUGAAAACUUAUUGUAUUAUCAUCCAGGGCAUGAUUCAAAAAUAAUGAUAACAGAUUUUGGUCUCAGUGCAAGUCGAAAAGGACCAGAACAGUUUAUGCGGACUACAUGUGGUACGCCCGAGUACAUUGCCCCUGAAAUUAUUGCAAGAAAACCAUACAACUGUCAGGUUGAUAUGUGGGCAAUAGGUGUAAUUACAUAUAUUUUACUCAGUGGAACUAUGCCAUUUGACGAUGAAAAUAAAACUAGGCUUUACAGACUUAUUUUGAAGGCAAAAUACAGCUAUGUAGGAGAACAUUGGAAAGAAGUGUCAGACCUAGCCAAAGAGUUUAUUAACAAAUUACUAACAGUUGAUCCAGCAGAUAGAAUGAUUGCAACAUCAGCGUUGACUCACUCAUGGUUAACGUCGCUGGCCAGUAACAAGAAUCUACACCGUACAAUUUCUCAGAACUAUCUACAUCGCAUGUCCACGCGUGCUAAUAGCACCAAAAGUGCCAAAUCUACCAAGUCUACAAAAAGUAACAAAUCUAAUCGUUCAGGUCGUUCAUUACGUUCCGAACACCGGCGUGUUCAACCAGAAGAAAUAGAUGAACUGCAUCGUAAUCCAGACGUUCAAGCUGACAUAGCCUCACUGGGUAAUUAAAAUGAAGGUUAAUUUGUUCACUGGAUAUUAUGCUUCAAUAUUUCAUUUUGUAUUUUAUAAUAGUGCUAUAGGGUUUUAAUUUGUUAAUAAUGAUAAGUAUUUAAUAUUUCUUCAUUGAUAUGUUGCUUUGUCUUGAGGUCAAGGACAAAUGACAACUGUAGCUCUAGAAUAUUCUGUCUAUAAUUCUUUAGUUUAACAUUUCUCAGAAAUAUAUGCCUAUUACAACUAAUUUAUGUUCACAGUUCACUGUAUACUUAAGUUCAUUAAAAUUUAUAUUUUAUUACAAUCCAAAAACUAGUGUAUUAUCAAAAUCAUGUGAAGAAAAUUUUAAAAACAUGCAAGUUUAUGACAUGUAUGUAAAUUAAAAUUUUGACAAAAAGUUCAAAAACAGUACAAUGUAUUAAAUCAUGAUUAUAAUAUUCAAGUUUAAAAAAUAUCUAUGUACAUAGAUGAUGUACUGAACAUCGAAUUGGUUGUAAUUUAUGGUUUUAGAAACCGACUUUUGUGAGAAAUUUUAUAAAGUGGAUGAAAUGUAACAAAAUCCUUUUAAGUAUUUUAUUUAUUGUUAUAAUGUAUGUAUGGUAAAACCUCAUUACUAUUGCUGUAUUAAAUUUGUACAAUCUGUUAUAAAAGUGCUUACAUUGUAAAAUUAGUCGUGAAUGAUCAGAGAUAUUGGGUUUUUGUAGCAAAAACGGAAUUUUAAAUUAAUAACUUUGGUGCAUAUCUGUAACUUUUUGCAACAAAAGAAAAUAUUAAAUGAUGUACAUGUUUAUAGAUAUUCUAAAAUAAAGAACUGAAAAUCAGUAAAAUACAUGUAAAAAUUAGCAAAUAAACUUCCAAUCUAAAAGUCUAAAUCAGUAAUUAAAUAAUAACUAACAGGAUUAAAAACAUGAAGAAUUUAAAAACAAAAUGAAUUUGAAAAAUAAUUAUAGACUUGAUCCUGAAGCUUGUAAGCAAGGUACAAAUGUUUAUGCAUUGAAAGUUCAACAAUGUGUUGGACUGAAUUAUUUGACUGUCUGUCUUUCAUUAUGCGAAAACAUGCUGAAGCAAACGUCUUAGAAACAUGAAUCCAUAAAACAAAUGAGGUUUUACUAUACAUUUGUUUUCUUGUGCCAAAUUACUUUUGAUAAUCUUUGUUAAAUGCUGUUGUUUAUUAAUCACUGUUAUGUUAAGAGGUGCAUAAAAAUACAUACUUUUUAAUCGUCUUAAUCAAAUUUACUUGGCCUACAUUCAUGAUAUUAUUGAGUUCAACGUUUAAUAAGUUGGGGAGAACAUUUUGUAUUAUUGAUGGUAUUUGAUCAAUUAUCCUGAUUAUUGAUAUAUACAAAAUAUAAUAUUCUGAACAUCUUAAACAGGAAAUCCCAAACUUGUCAUGAAAAUGAUCUGUUUGCCACAAAUAUAUCUCUUUGGUCACCAGAGCUGAUUUAAAUGCACAAAUAAUUUUGUAAGAACUUUAUGACCUUUUUCAAUUUGUGUUUUUGCUGAUUUUAUAAUAUUAUUGCAUCUUAUAUCAUGGUCUCUUUUUGAACUUCCUAUAAAAAGUGUCAAAUAUUUUUGAUUAAUGAAUCUCCUCUUUCUUUGAUAUUUUUAAGACUUAACAAAUAGCUUGAUUGACAGGUACAGUGGAUAGAUCUUUUGUUAAAUUGUGCCACAGUGAAAUAUUAUUAAUUAAAAACUGUGAUAUUUUGUAUAGUGUGUGAACAACUUAAGUCUAGUCAUUUUAUGUUUGUUGUAUAGUGCUAAAUAAUGACCCCUUUAUCAGAAUGUGUGCUUUAUUUAUUAUCAUACUGUAUAUGAUGUGUAUAUACAUUUUAUGUCUAUUAUGUAUAAACUUGUGUAUUUACAUGAAAUAUUUAAGGCCAGACCAAGUUUUCGUGAUGGGAUUAAAUUUAUUUAUCAAUUCUAUGCAUUAACAUUUACAUUGUCAACCUACAAACAUGACAAAGCAAUGAUUCUAACUUG